AUGACGAUAACACAACGCUGCCUGUUGAAGUGCGGGACCAUCACCGACACCAGACUGGGAUCCGUCAGCACCAUCGCCUGCAACGGGCUGAAGGGCCGCUACGUCACCAUCAUCAUCCCAGCUCAGAACUUGGCGCUGGGACGCCUGGCCACUCAGUCCUCCACUCUCAAGGAAUACGGGCCUGUAAAAGCCGGGGCCGGGAACGCCGUGGAUGGAAAAUGCGAUGGGAUUUUGGACCAUGACUCCUGCACCCACACCGAGCAGGAAACAGAGCCGUGGUGGAACGUGGAUUUGGACUCUCGGCAUUCUGUCUCCACGGUGAUCGUGAAGAACAGGGAGGACUGCUGUGGGGAGAGAAUCAAGGGGGCCCAGAUCCACGUGGGAGACUCCAAGGCUGGCCAUGGCAAGGACGACCCCAUCUGCGGGACCAUCACCGACACCACACCUGGAUCCAUCAGCACCAUCUCCUGUAAUGGGAUGGAGGGCCGUUACGUCACCAUCACCAUCCCGGACAGGGUGGAGCCUCUCACCCUGUGUGAGGUCGAGGUCUACGGCACCCCCGUGGGUGACUGCUAGGAAGCAGGAGUGACACAGUCCAUGGUGAGGGGAAGCACCUCUCCCUGGGCUGGGGGCAGGAGAAGAGGGAGGUUGGUGCAGAAAUGAGCCGCU